AUUUCCGGCUGCCAGGGCCCAGCCAAUCAGUGAUGGACCCAGCUUGCUUGGGCGAUGACACAUGAAAUAUGAUAAUUUUCUGCCAAACGGCUGGAAGAGGGGAAGGAAGAGAGUGUGUGUGUGUAGCUGGGAGGGGUCCACACAGGAGCGCCUGUGAUGAGGUGGGAGGGUGACAGUGCACUUGCUUUCACGGUUUGCCUGGCAGGACUAGGCAAGGGAGGGAAUGUGAUGCUGGAGCGGCGGUAGGAGCGCCCCUGUAGUUCCUGAGGUGUUCAUGAAAAAAAUGCACAAAAUCCUGCCUGGCCGGAAUAAUUCAUGAAGAAGGGGCUGGAUCCGUGGGUCAGAGAACACAGGACCAGUUUGCCAUCCCAAGGCCGAAGGCCUCCCUCCAACACAGCUCUCCAAGCUCUAGAAAUCUCUGACACAUCUCGACCAUGAGACCACGGCUGGCAUUUGGCAGGAUUCGAGGCACACACCCAGCAGCCUCAACCUAGUUCAUGGAGGAGCCUCGCGGGGUCCCGGCCAAGCAAGCCCACCCCUCUGGUGGGAAGAGCGGCGCCUAGGAGGAGGGCGGCUGCCGCAGGAGUGGACAUGAAUGCUGGCUUUCAGAGAGAACAGCGUUUCAGUUUUGGUCAUCGGAAGUGGUGCCUUCAGCACAGAAGAAGAGCGUGAUUUCUGCUCCGAGGCCGUUGAUCUCCAACCCAGAACUAAAGGGGAGAAGAACCACCCCCAGCAUCCAGUGUGGCAUCUCUUGUGCCAGGACCAGGGAUGACUGGGCCAUGGACACAGAUGUCUCCAACCUUCAACCGUUCGCAUAGCACACGGGGGACUCGUGGGGGCCACCUGCCACUGCCAGCUGAAACAAUACAAUGGCAAUACUGACAUCCUUCAUGACGUUUUCCCGACAGACAUUCAGGCAGAAAGUGCUGGUGCGUUUUCUGUCUACAAAGUAGAGGGCCAUGCCUCACCAAUAGAAUAGCUUGGGCCCUGAUGACCUGCUCCGAAUCCACUCACAGCCAGUGACACUUGCAAAAAACUCCCAAAGCCGUCUUGGGUUUGGCUUCUGCAGCUCUUGACCAAUGUGGCCAAAGCUGGACACCUCCUUGGGACACUGGGAUUAUUCAUAAAUGCAGCCUGCCCUGACUCUCCCUAAGUAGCAUCUGAAGUCUUUGUGAAGGUCAUGGAUCCUGAACAAAGUGUCAAGGGCACCAAGAAGGCUGAGGGAAGUCCCCGGAAGCGGCUGACCAAAGGAGAGGCCAUUCAGACCAGUGUUUCUUCCAGCGUCCCAUACCCAGGCAGCGGCACAGCUGCCACCCAAGAGAGCCCCGCCCAAGAGCUCCUAGCCCCGCAGCCCUUCCCGGGCCCCUCAUCAGUUCUUAGGGAAGGCUCUCAGGAGAAAACAGGCCAGCAGCAGAAACCCCCAAAAAGGCCCCCCAUCGAAGCAUCCGUUCACAUCUCACAGCUUCCGCAGCACCCUCUGACACCAGCAUUCAUGUCUCCCGGCAAACCUGAGCAUCUCCUGGAGGGGUCCACAUGGCAACUGGUCGACCCUAUGAGACCUGGACCCUCUGGCUCCUUCGUGGCCCCUGGGCUCCAUCCUCAGAGCCAGCUCCUUCCUUCCCACGCUUCCAUCAUUCCUCCCGAGGACCUUCCUGGCGUCCCCAAAGUCUUUGUGCCUCGUCCUUCCCAGGUCUCCUUGAAGCCCACAGAAGAGGCGCACAAGAAGGAGAGGAAGCCCCAGAAGCCGGGCAAGUACAUCUGCCAGUACUGCAGCCGGCCCUGUGCCAAGCCCAGCGUGCUCCAGAAGCACAUUCGCUCACACACGGGUGAGAGGCCCUACCCCUGCGGCCCCUGUGGCUUCUCCUUCAAGACCAAGAGUAAUCUCUACAAGCACAGGAAGUCCCAUGCCCACCGCAUCAAAGCAGGCCUGGCCUCAGGCAUGGGUAGUGAGAUGUACCCACAUGGGCUGGAGAUGGAGCGAAUCCCUGGGGAAGAGUUUGAGGAGCCCACCGAGGGAGAAAGUACAGAUUCUGAAGAGGAGACUAGUGCCACCUCUGGUCACCCUGCAGAGCUCUCCCCAAGAUCCAAGCAACACCUUCUCUCCAGUGGGCUGUUCAGCUCUGGGAGCCAUAGUUCCAGCCAUGAACGCUGUUCCCUGUCCCAGUCCAGCACCACCCAGUCACUCGAAGACCCCCCUCCAUUUGUGGAACCCUCAUCUGAGCACCCCCUGAGCCAUAAACCCGAAGACACCCACACGAUUAAGCAGAAGCUGGCCCUCCGCUUAAGCGAGAGGAAGAAGGUGAUCGAUGAGCAGGCAUUUCUGAGCCCAGGCAGCAAAGGGAGUACUGAGUCUGGGUAUUUCUCCCGCUCCGAGAGUGCAGAGCAGCAGGUCAGCCCCCCAAACACCAACGCCAAGUCCUACGCUGAGAUCAUCUUUGGCAAGUGUGGGCGAAUAGGACAGCGGACCGCCAUGCUGACAGCCACCUCCACCCAGCCCCUCCUGCCCCUGUCCACCGAAGACAAGCCCAGCCUGGUGCCUUUGUCUGUACCCCGGACGCAGGUGAUCGAGCACAUCACGAAGCUCAUCACCAUCAACGAGGCCGUGGUGGACACCAGCGAGAUCGACAGCGUGAAGCCAAGGCGGAGCUCACUGUCCAGGCGCAGCAGCAUGGAGUCCCCAAAAUCCAGCCUCUACCGGGAGCCCCUGUCAUCCCACAGUGAGAAAACCAAGCCCGAACAAUCACUGCUGAGCCUCCAGCACCCGCCCAGUACCGCCCCCCCUGUGCCUCUCCUGAGAAGCCACUCAAUGCCUUCUGCCGCCUGCACUAUCAGCACCACCCACCACCCCUUCCGAGGUAGCUACUCCUUCGAUGACCAUAUCACCGACUCCGAAGCCCUGAGCCGCAGCAGUCACGUGUUUACCUCCCACCCCCGGAUGCUGAAGCGCCAGCCGGCAAUCGAAUUACCUUUGGGAGGGGAAUACAGUUCCGAGGAGCCUGGACCAAGCAGCAAAGACACAGCCUCCAAGCCCUCAGACGAACUGGAACCCAAGGAAAGUGAACUUACCAAAAAGACCAAGAAGAGUUUGAAAACAAAAGGGGUGAUCUACGAAUGUAACAUAUGUGGUGCUCGGUACAAGAAAAGGGAUAACUACGAAGCCCACAAAAAAUACUACUGCUCAGAGCUUCAGAUCACAAAGCCCAUCUCUGCAGGCACCCACACAUCUCCAGAAGCCGAAAAGAGUCAGACUGAGCAUGAGCCGUGGUCCCAAAUGAUGCAUUACAAACUGGGGACCACCCUGGAACUCACUCCACUAAGGAAGAGGAGGAAAGAGAAGAGCCUUGGGGACGAGGAAGAGCCACCUGCCUUUGAGUCCACAAAAAGUCAGUUUGGCAGCCCCGGGCCAUCUGAUGCUGCUCGGAACCUUCCCCUGGAGUCCACCAAGUCACCAGCAGAACCAAGUAAAUCAGUGCCCUCCUUGGAGGGACCCACGGGCUUCCAGCCAAGGACUCCCAAGCCAGGGUCCAGUUCAGAAUCAGGGAAGGAGAGGAGAACAACGUCCAAAGAAAUUUCUGUCAUCCAGCACACCAGCUCCUUUGAGAAAUCUGACUCUCUCGAGCAGCCGAGUGGCUUGGAAGGGGAAGACAAACCUCUGACCCAGUUCCCAUCACCCCCACCUGCCCCACACGGACGCUCAGCUCACUCCCUGCAGCCCAAGUUGGUCCGCCAGCCCAACAUUCAGGUUCCUGAGAUCCUGGUAACUGAGGAGCCUGACCGGCCGGACACAGAGCCAGAGCCGCCCCCUAAGGAACCUGAGAAGACUGAGGAGUUCCAGUGGCCCCAGCGCAGCCAGACACUUGCCCAGCUCCCGGCUGAGAAGCUGCCACCCAAAAAAAAGAGGCUGCGGCUGGCAGAGAUGGCCCAAUCAUCAGGGGAGUCCAGCUUCGAGUCCUCUGUGCCUCUGUCUCGCAGCCCGAGCCAGGAAAGCAGUAUUUCUCUGAGUGGGUCCAGCCGCUCAGCCUCGUUUGAGAGGGAUGACCAUGGGAAAGCCGAGGCCCCCGGUCCCUCAUCUGACACACGCCCCAAACUCCCGGGCACCCACAUGUUGACUGUCCCCAGCCACCACCCACAUGCCCGAGAGAUGCGGAGGUCAGCCUCGGAGCAAAGCCCCAACGUUUCCCAUUCUGCCCACAUGACCGAGACACGCAGCAAAUCCUUUGACUAUGGCAGCUUGUCCUUGACAGGCCCUUCUGCUCCAGCCCCAGUGGCUCCACCAGCGCGGGUGGCCCCGCCAGAGAGAAGAAAAUGUUUCUUGGUGAGACAGGCCUCUCUGAGCAGGCCUCCAGAAUCUGAGUUGGAGGCUGCCCCCAAGGGAAGACAGGAGAGCGAAGAACCACAGCCCUCAUCCAGUAAACCCUCCACCAAAAGCUCAUUGUCCCAGAUUUCCUCCGCAGCCACCUCACAUGGUGGGCCCUUGGGAGGCAAGGGCCCAGGGCAGGACAGGCCCCCAUUGGGGCCCACUGUGCCCUACACAGAAGCACUGCAGGUGUUCCACCACCCUGUUGCCCAGACACCCCUGCAUGAGAAGCCGUACCUGCCCCCACCUGUCUCCCUUUUCUCCUUCCAGCACCUCGUUCAACAUGAGCCAGGACAGUCUCCAGAAUUCUUCUCCACCCAGGCCAUGUCCAGCCUCCUGUCCUCACCAUACUCCAUGCCUCCACUUCCUCCCUCCUUAUUUCAAGCCCCACCGCUUCCUCUCCAGCCUACUGUUCUGCACCCAGGCCAACUACAUCUCCCCCAGCUCAUGCCUCACCCAGCCAACAUCCCCUUCCGGCAGCCUCCUUCCUUCCUCCCCAUGCCAUACCCAACCUCCUCAGCACUCUCUUCCGGGUUUUUCCUGCCUCUGCAAUCCCAGUUUGCACUUCAGCUCCCUGGUGAUGUGGAAAGCCAUCUGCCCCAGAUCAAAACCAGCCUGGCCCCACUGGCAACAGGAAGUGCUGGCCUCUCCCCAAGCACAGAGUACAGCAGUGACAUCCGGCUACCCCCUGUGGCUCCCCCAGCCAGCUCCUCAGCACCUACAUCAGCUCCUCCACUGGCCCUGCCCGCCUGUCCAGACACCAUGGUGUCCCUGGUUGUGCCUGUCCGUGUUCAGACCAAUAUGCCAUCCUAUGGAAGCGCAAUGUACACCACCCUUUCCCAGAUCUUGGUCACCCAGUCCCAAGGCAGCUCAGCAACUGUGGCACUUCCCAAGUUUCAGGAACCCCCAUCAAAAGGGAUGACAGUGUGUGGUGCAGAUGUGCAUGAGGUUGGGCCCGGCCCUUCUGGGUUAAGUGAAGAGCAAAGCAGAGCUUUCCCAACUCCAUACCUGAGAGUGCCUGUGACAUUACCUGAAAGAAAAGGCACUUCCCUGUCAUCAGAGAGUGUCUUGAGCCUGGAGGGGAGUUCAUCAACAGCAGGGGGAAGCAAACGUGUCCUUUCACCAGCUGGCAGCCUUGAACUUACCAUGGAAACCCAGCAGCAAAAAAGAGUGAAGGAGGAGGAGGCUUCCAAGGCAGAUGAAAAACUUGAGCUGGUAAAACCGUGCAGUGUGGUGCUUACCAGCACCGAGGAUGGGAAAAGGCCAGAGAAAUCCCACUUAGGCAACCAGGGCCAGGGCAGGAGGGAGCUAGAAAUGCUGUCCAGCCUGUCCUCAGAUCCAUCUGACACAAAGGAAAUUACUCCCCUCCCUCACCCCGCAUUGCCCCAUGGGACAGCCCCAGGCUCAGAAGCUUUGAAGGAAUAUCCCCAGCCAUCUGGCAAAUCUCACCGAAGAGGGUUGCCCUCACUGAGCGUAAAGAAAGAAGAUUCCAAGGAACAACCUGAUCUCCCCUCCUUGGCACCUCCCAGCUCUCUGCCUCUGUCAGAAACGUCCUCCAGACCAGCCAAGUCACAAGAAGGUACGGACUCAAAGAAGGUACUGCAGUUCCCCAGCCUCCACACAACCACUAAUGUCAGUUGGUGCUAUUUAAACUACAUUAAGCCAAAUCACAUCCAGCAUGCAGAUAGGAGGUCCUCUGUUUACGCUGGUUGGUGCAUAAGUUUGUACAACCCCAACCUUCCGGGGGUUUCCACUAAAGCUGCUUUGUCCCUCCUGAGGUCUAAGCAGAAAGUGAGCAAAGAGACAUACACCAUGGCCACAGCUCCGCAUCCUGAGGCAGGAAGGCUUGUGCCGUCCAGCUCCCGCAAGCCCCGCAUGACAGAGGUUCACCUCCCUUCGCUGGUUUCCCCGGAAGGCCAGAAAGAUCUAGCUAGAGUGGAGAAGGAAGAAGAGAGGAGAGGGGAGCCGGAGGAGGAUGCUCCUGCCUCCCAGAGAGGGGAGCCGGCGAGGAUCAAAAUCUUCGAAGGAGGGUACAAAUCAAACGAAGAGUAUGUAUAUGUGCGAGGCCGCGGCCGAGGGAAAUAUGUUUGUGAGGAGUGUGGAAUUCGCUGCAAGAAGCCCAGCAUGCUGAAGAAACACAUCCGCACCCACACUGACGUCCGGCCCUAUGUGUGCAAGCACUGUCACUUUGCUUUUAAAACCAAAGGGAAUCUGACUAAGCACAUGAAGUCGAAGGCCCACAGCAAAAAGUGCCAAGAGACAGGGGUGCUGGAGGAGCUGGAAGCCGAAGAAGGAACCAGUGACGACCUGUUCCAGGACUCGGAAGGACGAGAGGGCUCAGAGGCUGUAGAGGAGCACCAGUUUUCAGACCUGGAGGACUGGGACUCAGACUCAGACCUGGACGAAGAUGAGGAUGAGGAUGAGGAGGAGAGCCAGGACGAGCUGUCCAGACCAUCCUCAGAGGCGCCCCCGCCUGGCCCAGCACCUGCACUGCGGGCAGACUCCUCACCCAUCCCAGGCCCUCAGCCCCCAGAUGCCCCCGCCUCUGGCACCCAGGCUACAGGAGGCAGCUCGGUCUCAGAAGCUGAGCGCCUGACAGCCAGCAGCUGCUCCAUGUCCAACCAGAGCACGCCGGGCCUCCCCCGGCUGGGACCGGCCCCUCUGGGCUCUGUGGAGAAAGACACAGGCUCAGCCUUGAGCUCCAAGCCUGUGUCCCCGAGAAGACCAUGGUCCCCAAGCAAAGAAGCAGGCAGCCGUCCACCAAUAGCCCUCAAACACUCACUAACCAAAAACGACUCAUCUCCCCAGCGAUGCUCCCCGGCCCGAGAACCACAGGCCUCAGCCCCGAGCCCGCCUGGCCUGCACGUGGACCCAGGAAGGGGUAUGGGCCCUCUCCCUUGUGGGUCUCCAAGACUUCAGCUGUCUCCUUUCACCCUCCGCCCCCUGGGAAGAGAACUGCCCCCUCGAGCACAUGUGCUCUCCAAACUCGAGGGUGCCACCGACCCAGGCCUCCCCAGAUACUCGCCCACCAGGAGAUGGUCUCCGGGUCAGGCCGAGUCACCACCACGGUCAGCGCUGCCAGGGAAGUGGGCCUUAGCUGGGCCGGGCAGCCCUUCAGCGGGGGAGCAUGGCCCAGGCUUGGGGCUGGCCCCGCGGGUUCUCUUCCCGCCCGCGCCUCUACCUCACAAGCUCCUCAGCAGAAGCCCAGAGACCUGCGCCUCCCCGUGGCAGAAGGCCGAGUCCCGAAGUCCCUCCUGCUCACCCAGCCCUGCUCAUCCUCUCUCCUCCCGACCAUUCUCCGCCCUCCAUGACUUCCAUGGCCACAUCCCGGCCCGGACAGAGGAGAACAUCUUCAGCCACCUGCCCCUGCACUCCCAGCACUUGACCCGUGCCCCGUGUCCCUUGAUUCCCAUCGGUGGAAUCCAGAUGGUGCAGGCUCGGCCAGGAGCCCACCCCACCCUGCUUCCAGGGCCCACCGCAGCCUGGGUCAGUGGCUUCUCCGGGGGUGGCAGCGACCUGACAGGGGCCCGGGAGGCCCAGGAGCGAGGCCGCUGGAGUCCCACUGAGAGCUCAUCAGCCUCCGUGUCGCCCGUGGCUAAGGUCUCCAAAUUCACACUCUCCUCAGAGCUGGAGGGCAGGGACUACCCCAAGGAAAGGGAGAGGACCGGCGGAGGCCCGGGCAGGCCUCCUGACUGGACACCCCCUGGGACCGAGGCACCUGCCGAGCCCACACCCACGCACAGCCCCUGCACCCCGCCCGACACCUUGCCCCGGCCACCCCAGGGACGCCGGGCAGCGCAGUCCUGGAGCCCCCGCUUGGAGUUCCCGCGUGCACCAACCAACCCCGAGGCCUCUGCCACCCCGCCGCUGGACCGCAGCAGCUCCGUGGGCUGCCUGGCGGAGGCCUCUGCCUGCUUCCCAGCCCGGAGGAGGAAUCUCUCUGGGGAACCCAGGACCAGGCAGGACUCCCCCAAGCCCUCAGGAAGUGGGGAGCCCAGGGCACCUCCACAUCAGCCUGAGGACAGGGGCCCCCGCAACACUUAGCCUCUCUCCAACUGCUUCAGCAUCUGGCUUCCAGUAUCCGGCAACAGACGUUUCCAGCCACUUUCCUUGAAUCAUCCCACUCCCUCAGCCCCAUCUGUCCCUCCGUCCAGGAGCUCUCACGGCCCCAUCUGUUGUACCUUCCCAUGUAUGCAGUUACCUGUGCCUUUUUCUACGCCUUUUGUUGCUUAAAAAGAAACAAAACAAAUCACAUACACACAUUUAAAAAAAAAAACAACAACCCAUGAGGGGUCUGAGGCUGUGAAUAGUUUAUGCUUUUGGGGAAAGGCUGAUGGUGGAGCCUCCUGACCCUCCCCACUGCGGUCGGCAGCCACCCACCCCAGAGGCUGGCAGAGGGGAAGGGGUGCACUGAGGGAGAAAGGAAAAGGAAACUUCAAACAAUAUAGAAUUAAAUGUAAAAGGAAGCACUCCUGUGUACAGAUGCGAUCAAGGUUCCUGUUUAUUGCCACUUUACCCCCUGCCCAGCUCGUGGCCACCCGUCUCUGCCAGCAGAAAGGUCAGUGUCCCCAGGCACAGGGGCGCAAACAGAGGCAGGUGACCCCCACCCAGGCCCCAGCAGGCAGGCCCAGAAAAAAUAACCUUUUCCUUUUUUUUUUUUUUUGCAAGAAAAUAAAAUUAUACUUUUCCUAGGAUUUCAACACAAAAUAAUAGGUGCAGGUAGAAGGAGGAAGGUUGGCUCCCCAAGGGCCCCUGGAUACUCUGGUAGUCUGAGUCAUAGGCCCAUCCUGGCACCACAGGUGGGCAGGCCACCCCACCCACGCACCCCCACUCCCAACACCUCCCUUCUGCACCCCACCCUGGCCCCCUGGGCUGGGAAAGGAGCCCUGACUGCCCGUCCCUGGCUCCCAAGCCCCUGACCAAGGCCUCACUCUUCUGUUGCCUCCUCUGUUCUAAAACUACCCACAAAGGCGGAAGUGGCAGGGUCCAAGCCUUAGGGGUCAUUCCUGAGACUGGGUUUUGGGUUUUGUUUCACCCUGGGGUACAGGGGACCCUGUUCCACUCAUGGCUGGGUUCUUCCAGUGCUCCACAGCCGAGGUUUGCAGGGAACUGUUUCAGGACCACUUUGCCACAGGACUGUUUCCCCCUCUCCCUGCCCCACACUGUCCCUGUCUCCACUACCCCAAGGAAAUACCCAGAACUGUGGCUGGUGGAUAUGGCCCAGGCCUGUUUGCUGUCUUACACCUCUUUUUUAAAAAGAGAGAGAGGACGGUGUUUGAUACUUUGCCCAGCCACCACAGAUUCUCGUGACCUAGAGGAUUUCUGAAUUGUCCUGUCAUUGGAAUUCUCCAAAGCAAUCAGUGCAAGCCAGUGCCUCUUCCUUACCCCCCUCUCUACCUUCAAGAAGCUGCCCUGCAUUUCCUGGGGCAAAACUCUACUUUGUAAGAAAAAUAAUAGGACCAGAAAUUUAAAUCCCAAAUUGAACUAUGGAACUUGAACUCUAGUGUGUUUGCCCCAACUGGGAGAAGUGAGUUUUUCCCCAGUGUUCCGGAACUGGUUUUCUUUACUUUCUACGAAGGAGGGCAGCACAGGGACUAUGGUCGUGGCCCAUGACGGCUGGGUUUGAUGCCACCCUAUAAAGAGCAGGGACCUCCUGGCCAGUCCCCAGUCCUCAGCCAGGCUGUAUGAAUCAAGUGCCCACCCCAGGGCUCUUGAGUUGUUGAAACUGUUUGGGUACAGGACACACUAGGUGGGGAGGGUUAAGACCCUUCUGUGAGUUCCCUGUGCGGGGCUGUACUUGCCUCUCCCAAUUCGUGGCCUUUCCCCGGCUUGGUCCCUACUAGACAGACAAACCAGCCACAGUCCAGCCUGCAGCCAGACCACCUUGUUCAUUCAUUCUCCUUUGCCUCACUCAGAGCUAAAACAAAAAUGAGACGAAAGGCAGGGCCUCCCUGGGGGUCCACUGUGCUCCAGGGUUCUGGGGAGUCAAGAUUAGCCAGCAGCUCCUGACUGCUUCCCUCAGAGAUGAGGGCUCUCAUCCUCCCAAAAGCAGCAGCAAGCCCAGCCUGGACCACGCCGUCCAUAUUGCUGGACAGUGGCCUGGCAGAAAGUGACUCCUCCGAGUCCCAGGAGGCCAGGGCUUUUCCCACCCUUGCCUUCCAGCCCUAACCCAUGGGACUGCCCACGGAUUGGAAGCUUCAAGGGCUGAAGUCUGGGAGCUGCAUAAAGGCCUUUGCUUCAGCCCAGGUUAAAAAUCUCCCUGGGCAGGCUCUCUCUGCCCCAGACCUACAAAGCAGCAGACUGGGGGCUCUGGUGGACUAGCCCCUGAUAUUGGUGGGGGACCCCACACCACACCACCCCACCCUGCCUUCCAGCUCUCGUGGGCAUUUUUCUCCCUGCGCUCAAAUAGCCUACCCACCCAAGGUUUCCUCCCUGGGCAGCCUAGCAAUGAACAGCGCAGCCGGCAGGGCAGAGGCCUGGCAUUCACCGGGCCCGUCAGGCUCAGGCAGAGAAGCCACAGGGGCCAGGAGUCACUGGAGACUAUUUCUAAAUGAUGGGGGGAAAUGCACAAAUAGAAUCUCACCAAAGGGCUGCCUCCACAUUGAUGCUGUGCCCAGAGGGACACAACCAAUGCCACCAGACUGGGUAUAUGUCACUGGGCACAGCUCUAACCCCCUCCUCCGGACUCUAGUCCCAGUCCUCUGUGCACAGAGCCUCCAGCCCACAGGUAUACCUUCAUGAUUUGGAGAAAGACGUGCCCCAAGCACACCCUCCCCUGGGUCUUCUGCCCUGCUCCCAGUCACUUCCAAGCUUCCUGUUUGCCUGUGAUGUUAUUGUGCCUGUUGAGGGAAGCAGCAGAGGAGGCAGUGGCUGACUUGGCACAGAUGCCUGCUGCGUGCUCUGUUGAAAUGCGCAGGGUGGCCAUUCCUCGGUACAGACUAGCCCUGGUCCUUAGGUGUGGGCAGUAGGGGAGGAACCAACUGGUAGAGGUUUCAGAGCCAAACCUUGCCUUCAGUUGGUGAGUCCUUGCCCCCCAGGCCUGCGCUCCACGAUGCCCUUCACCCUUGGCAAUCUCAGUGCCAUCCCUGCGACCCUCCAGGAGCCUGACAGCAGCCAGCUGCCUGCACUGUUGCCUCCAUACGCUCCAACUUCCAGACCCAGAAGUCCCUCUGCUUCCCUCUGUUGGAAAAAAGCCUAAAAGAAUUAGCUUCCAGAUUCCUCUAGCCCCUGCUCCAUUCCCACCCAGUCCUUCUGAAGAGGAAUGAGCAAUACAUCUGAGCUGGAUUUCUCUCUAGUCCUUUCUCCAGACAAAUCCUUCUUAAAGCAAAAGUCCUGGCUGAGCACCUGUCCUUGGGGACCGAUCUGCCAUGUGACCAGGGAAAGAAAGUUCCCGAAAGCCUAUUCCACCAAUUCUGCUUCUGUGUUGUGAAUCCAGUCUGCUUUCCAUUAGAAAACCGCUUUGGCACUUAUGGUCACUUUACUAAAUCUAGUAUGUAAAAAAAGAAAAAGAAAGAAAAGAAACAGAAAAAAGAAAUGUGCAGGCAAAUGUAAAAUACAAUGCUCUCUGUAAGAUAAAUAUUUGCCUUUUUUUCUAAAAGGUGUAUGUAUUCUGUAUGUGAAAUUGUCUGUAGAAAGUUUCUAUGUUCUUAAAUGGCAAUACAUUCCAAAAAUUGUACUGUAGAUAUGUACAGCAACCGCACUGGGAUGGGGUAGUUUUGCCUGUAAUUUUAUUUAAACUCCAGUUUCCACACUUGCAUCUUGCAAUGUUGGUAUGGUAUAUAUCAGUGCAAAAGAAAAAAACAAAAAACAAAAAAACAAAAAAUCCACGCAGGUCUAAAGCACAGAGUCUGACGUACAAAAGGAAAAAUGCUCAGUAUUGAUGUGUGUGACCUUUGUUGUAAAUUACAUCUGUACUGUGAAUGAGAAGUUUUUACAAGUAUAAUAAUUGCCUUUAUUACAGCUCUGGCUGAGUGUUCAGCCUGAGGAUAUUUUUUACAAAAAAAAAAUUAGCAUGUUGGAAUAAAUUUGAAAAUCCCAACAUA